AUGGUGACAUUGGAGGACUUAGAAGCCGAAGCCGUGGAACGGAAUGCACACGAGCCUAUACGACGCAACGAUAUCAGAACGAACAGCAUUGCACGAUGGCAAAGAAGGUGGAACAGCUCAACUAACUAUACUCUCAUCCCGGAGCUUGAGCCAUGGAGCUACUUAAAGCGCUUUGGCCACGAUGAAACCGACGAAUGCUCUUGGUGCGGACGAGGUCUGGUGGAGGACGCCAACCAUGUCUUAUUCGAAUGUGGACGCUUCCUAGAAGAGAGGCGUUGUCUGGAAGAAGCAUUGGGCCGCUCCAUUAAAGCGGACAACAUGGUCAACGUGAUGUUGGAAUCGGAGGCAGCUUGGAAACUUAUAAGUUUGCUUAUAAGCACCUUCGCGACCAGAAUCAUGAUGGAGCUUCGCAGAAUCGAGCGAAGAGCUGUCCCAAGCUAA